GGAACAGGUUUGCCCACUGUUUGGUCGGUCAGAUGCCUAUGUAUAACCUAGAGCGGGCUGUGCCUUUCACACUGUCUUCCGGGUUUGAGUGCAAAUUCACCACGAAUUUGACAGGAAGCACUUUAGUUAGGUUCAAGGACAGACGCGCUUGUAUAAGUUCCCACAUAUCCACAACAUAUCAUUCGCUCAGGCCUGUCUGCAAUUCUCAACCUGUUCUAGCUUCUUCCCUCCUUCUCUCCAUUCUAAGUCUUCAUCCCUGUACCAUUCAUUCCAGAUAUGAGCGCAUAUAAUCGCUCUAACAACACAUCGAGCACUUCUCCACCUUCUGACAGUCACCGUGCUUCCCCUCCCGAGUCAACCUCAUCUGUCGCCCUAAAUGUUUCCCAUUCUUCUUCCGCCCCUCUAGUCUCUCCCGACCUUGUCUCUCGUUUCAAUCCUCCGCCUGCGCCUCCCGCGCCGCCUCCACCUCCUCCUAUUCGUGCUCGUCUGCCAAUACCUAUUUCUCAUCGCGGAAGACCAUUAGCGCUAUCACCUGUGAUAACCGGCAACCCCAGUGGCAAAGCCUCUGUACUGUCAAGGCCGCAAGGCUAUUCUCAGGACGUCUUUUCCUCCGAAAAGGUCGUUCCUGAUGACGUCGAGACUAAAUGGGCCGUGAAGCAGAACAUGCCACAUGACCUGCCCAAUUAUCGUUCGACGGAUACCAAUGAACGACAAGAAACUCGGGCGGGUCUCCGAUGGUUGGAGACGGAACCAUAUCGUAGUGUUCCUGAGCAUAGUACCGGAAUCGAGACUCAAUCCAAUGAGGUCGACUAUGUUGGUCACCGCCCGUCUGAUGUUCGCGGGCGGAGUGCUUCAUUGGCGCGGUUUGAUCAUCCGUCUGGUAUACACAGACGAAGUGCUUCUCAGCAACCUUUUCGUGGUACAGAGUCUACCCUUCUCACGGAUCCCUCCAGUCGACUCCCGUCAAUAUAUUCCCAAGACUUCGCAGGGACCAGAAGCUUUUGGCCAGGCCCUGGCAUCUCCAAUGUUCACGCCCCUCCGGAAACACAAAAUCGCGUUGAUGCAUCUCAAGAUACUUCUCGAUAUCCCAUUGGACGUCAGGUGCAAGGUCUUUCCGACGACUCCGGCUAUCACACUGAUCCAUCUGGUUCUGCUUCAGCUAAGCAGAAUAGACCAGAAACGAUAUUAGAUGUAACGCGCAAGGCCCCUGGACGAUUCAGACAGGCGUUGCAGAAGUUCUUACCACAACAUCAGAGCCCUCGGCCUCAAAUGUCUGGCGAAUUAUCUUCCAAUCAGGAUGCCAAUGAUCAUCAUCCAGAAUGGACCACGGCCCCUCAUUCGACUACCCUUUCAGGAUCGCGCGGAAGUGAUUCUCCUGUCAGCUACCUUCGUGGCACCGACGCAGUUUCUAACGCUUCAGAUGCAACUAUCAAGGGAGAAGAUUUUGACGAUACAGGACCCGUCGCGAUUGCCAUGGAUACCACCGUCAGAAGCUCCCAUUAUGCGCAUGACACCUUCAAGACGAACGAUAACAGAGACGGCGAGGCUGUUCGGCUACCUGUCUCGGAUGAAUGGUCUACUGAAAAUGUUUCUCAUUCUGGACCGGAUGUGGAACAUAGCCGCCCAUCAGUAGAGGCAUUGAAGGAACUCCCUUAUGCUUUAUCUGACCAGCCCUUCAAUGCCCGCGACGCUAUUUCGAGGCACAUGAGUACUGGCGCACAAUCGGCACCUGGAUCUUUGGACUCUGGUGCUCAUAGCGAAGAGCUGGAGAAUGCCCGUCGUGAAUUAGCUCAAGCGCGGGACGACGAAGAGCAUGCAAGAAGGAAAGUGGAAGAAGCCAGGAGGAAGGUGGAAGAGGCUAUCCUACAAGGGAAAAACAGCCAGAAACAGUCUCUAGGAUUACCAGGUGGGCUUGAUAUAGACGAAGCGCAAAUGGCCAUUGACGCCAUUCACGAGAAACUUCGCAGUGGCUAUGGCACUGAUCCUGGUUCUAAGAUGAAAUUUUUGAGGCUUCUCACGAGGUUAUGUGUUGCAUACGACCUGUUUCCAGAGCAGUUGUACAUCGAGGCCCAAUGCGAGAACGGCGGACCUGUGAACGGCGGCAGUUUUGCGGACAUAUACGUAGGACGGUCCCAAAAAGAUCGAAAGGUGGCAUUGAAGCGGUUGCGAAUUUUCUUGACUACUAGUGAUGUUGGCAAAGCCAAAUUAAGGAGGAAUUUUUACCGUGAAGCAAUCCUUUGGGCACAUUGCCGCCAUCCGCAUGUGCUCCCAUUUCUAGGCCUCAAUACUACAAUCUUCCGAAGUGGAAUGUGUAUGGUAUCGCCCUGGAUGGAGCACGGCAACGUCUGUGAUUACGUCCGUCAACAUCCUCAAGACCGUUCCAUGGUUGAUAGCUGGAUCUGCGAAAUAGCACUCGGACUCGAGUACCUUCAUCAAGAAGAGAUAGCUCACGGUGAUUUACGGGCAGCUAAUGUACUUGUUGACGAUGAACUCCAUAUGCGCGUUGCAGACUUCGGAUUAGCGACUUUAUCAGACGAUUAUUUCAAGAUGACAACGAUCGACUCACAGCAACCCCAUUGGCUUGCACCAGAACUCCUGAUACCUACUCAUUUCGGUUUGCCACCUUCAACACAGCCUACCAAAGCCGGCGAUAUGUACGCAUUCGCAUGUGUAUGUUUUGAGCUAUACACAGGACGGCCGCCAUUUGCUAAUUUGGGGCCGCAUGAUAUCAUCGGCCAAAUCAUCAAGGAGAAACAGCCUGCUCGGCCAUUAUUCAACGCCGGUGCAGACAGUAUGUCUGACGACCUGUGGCAUGUGGUCUCCAUGUGUAUGCGAAUAAGAGCUGAGGAUCGCCUUACAGCAACUGCUGCUUCGACGAAGUUGGAAAGGUUGGUUGCUUUAGCGUAGUUAGAUUGGUAUCGUCGUGAAGCACCCCCAGCCACUUGUCCACAAGGAUCACACCUAAAGAGUAGCCACUCAAAUCAACGCACUUGCCAGAGUUGUUGCCCAAAAACGGGAGACACCUACCAGUUUAUUGAUGCUUCAUUGAUGGGCGACAGAGGACGUUGCAGAAUGUACACUAAUUGAUCGCUGCAAAAUUAUCUCCAGAGUUGAGGGCC